UUCACAUUUGUGUCAAUGACUCGCAAUCUUACUGUGGCCAGUACUCAGGCGCUUAGUAUAUGAGACGGUCUUCACCUUGCCCACUCUUACGGAUCCUUCUGACCCAACACAGAUAUUCCGUCACUUCCGAAUGAUCAAAAUCACUUCGACAGCUGACUCCUCGUGUAUGCCUCAUGUGGCACGCAGUUACUAUACCCAUUGCCCACUGAAUCUAGAUCAUUUUCAACUCGGGAAGAAUCUACCGAGUUCGCACACCGCAAUGAUUAUAAGGCUACACGAACGCUUCCGAAUCUCCGUCACAUUUACCUUCCCCCAUGGAUCCUGCGAAGAUAAGAGAGAAAAUCGGUCGCUUUCGAAUCCUCGUGAUAGGAAGAGCUAAUGCAGGAAAAACUACCAUCCUACAGAGAGUGUGUAACACACGAGAGAAUCCAGAAAUAUAUAAUAGCGCUGGGAAAAAGAUCGAUGCCACAGUCUUGAUGGCUUCAACAGAGCGCGGAUUGCACAACAUCAAGAAUGAAAUGGUGUUUAAAAGUAAUCCAGGUUUCAUAUUUCACGAUUCGCGCGGUUUCGAAGCAGGCGGCGAAUCCGAAUUCGACAAGGUUAAAGCGUUUAUUGCAAGCCGUUCUAAGGAAGUCAGAUUAAGAAAUCAACUUCACGCUAUCUGGUAUUGCAUCCCCAUGGACGAGGCGAGUAGGUCGUUCACAUCAGGUGAAAUCAAAUUUUUCUCUCAAUGCGAUACUGGAAGCAUUCCAGUAAUAGUACUGUUCACAAAAUUUGAUGCACUCUACGACGAAUCAUAUGCCCAGCUGAAAUCGCAGGGAGCAUCGAUGGAGGAGGCUGAAGAACGGGCGCCGAAGCACGCAGAAGAAUCAUUUGCGAUUGGCUCACAACUGAAGUUUCUAUACCAUUCCAAGGAGAUUCGACGCCCUCCGAAAUGCCACAUAUGCCUCCCUAACAUGGACAGCGACGAUGCAGAUUGCGGGCUACUCAUCGAACGAACAGCAGGAACACUGGAUAAUGAAGUGCUUCAGCAAUUAUUCGUCUCGACUCAGCAGACCAACUUGGAGCUCUGCAUGAAAUAUGCAGUUGAGAAAUCACUUAUGAAAUGUCUGAACUUUUCUGAGACAACAACAUCCGAGGAUUAUGAGAAGAUGAAAGUUUGAAGAUUGCUCUCAUUUACGUUGCGCGUUUACUUACAGGCA